CACAACAACAACAACGCACACACACGCGGCUGGCAUUUACACAAAAAAAGAGACAAAAACGACGGAGUAGAAGAAUUUUUUUGCAUCAUUUCGUUGAAGAAAAACAAGAAGCUCGUGUUACUGGAAUUGGAAUUAUUUAGUUUUUCACAAAAAUAUAUUUAAAUACUAUUUAAACAAAUAUGCCUAAACCCAGAGGUGGACAACGUCCAAAUUACAACAGUGGCCAAGGUGGUGGUUCACGAUUUUCAGCCUUAAAUGACUACCAAAAUGGUGGGAUACAUUAUCACGAUGAUCGCUCUAACGAUGGCCGUAAAAAGGAACGCAACACCACACGUCGUGUCAGCUUCAAGCCAUCGGCCUUGCAGAGUAAGGGCGGCAUAAAAGGUCGCGUCAAUGAAUUGGCAUUGCGUUCCCGUUUGGAGGACGAUGAGGACAUGGAUGGUUUGGUCACCAACUUAAAUUCACUUUCUGUGUUGCAGUAUGAGGAUCGUUCACAGGGCCCAAGGCGUAAAGGCUCGCCAGUUCCCAAGGGGAAAUUUGGCAAAGGACGUAAAUUAUCUAUAAGUCAAUUUGGCUGGUAUCAAGUGACGAUCCACUGCGGUCAACGCUAUGCCAAAGAUGAUCUCAUACGUGCCCUACUCCACAACCUUACUCCCGAUGUUUUCUUGCCACUAUUUUGGCGUACCGAAAAGAAUUGUGUCGUCUUUUUCGUUGACGACUAUGCCAUGGCUUCACGUCUCAUGCAACUCGAUCGUAGCGUACAAAUGUCCGAUGGCUGCCGUCUGGCCAUACGGGUGCGGGAGAGUUGUCCCAUGGUACCGGUCGAUGAAGAAUUCAAAGAGAAAAUGAAAAUAGUUAUGGCCAAACGUUAUAACCCGAAUACCAAAGCAUUGGAUCUAUCCAAAUUCCAUGCCGAUCCAGAUUUUCGCCAAACGUUUGUGGGCCUGCAUCGUACGGCGGUAAUGUCGGCUGCCUUGGAUAUUAUACAAAAGAACAUACCCGAUUUGCAGGCUCUAAAUUUGAAUGACAACGAUUUGAGUACAAUGGAAAGUUUUCGAAAUAUUGAGACUAGGUUGCCGCAUUUGAAGAUACUCUAUUUGGGUGGCAAUAGUAUACCCUCUUUGGCCACAUUACUGGUGUUCCGUAAUGCGCCCAUUAUCGAGUUGGUCCUGAAGAAUAACCCCUUGCGUCAACGCUAUAAAGACCAUUCGCUCUAUGUCAGCGAAGUAAGACGCAAAUUCCCCAAAUUAGUUAAAUUGGACGGCGAUGACUUGGAACCCCAAAUUCUAUUCGAUGUCAAUGACAGUUCCGUAAUGCCCAAGGCGCAGGCUUCAUUUUUAUGCGAUGCCUCCGGUGCGGAUAUUAUACGCCAAUUUUUGGAACAAUAUUUCAUUAUAUUCGAUUCGGAUAAUCGUCAACCGCUGCUGGAUGCAUAUCAUGAACAGGCUAUGAUGUCCAUCUCUGUACCACCGGCCAGCCAGGCAGGCCGUCUGACUUCAUUUUGGAAAUACAAUCGUAAUUUCCGACGCAUUGUCAACAAUGAAGAUGUCUCGAAAUUGCGUCAAUUGAAGGUGGGACGAUUGCAGGUGGUUUCAACACUGGCCGAAUGGCCUAAGACACAGCAUGAUCCGCAAUCGUUUUCCGUCGAUUUGACACUGUUUACGCCCAAACUCAUAUCUUUCACCGUGGCCGGUCUCUUCAAAGAGUUUGAAUCAUCGACCUCGACCACAGGCGAAAUUCGCUAUUUCCAAAGACAAUUUGUGAUUGUACCCGCUGGCGGUGGUUUUUGUAUACGCAAUGAAAUGAUUUUGGUGACAAGUGCCACAGGACAACAGGCCCGUACCUUCCUCAAGCCACCAGUUAUAACAGAACCAGCAGCUGGUCCUGCCACAAGUUUACCGCCCACAGCUGCAGGCAGUCUGCAAAGUCGUUUACAAAUGCAACAACCAUCGACCUCUGCUGCCGCCGGUUUAAUGCCCCAGCCCACACAACCCACCCAACCAGACGAUGCAACAAAAAUGCAAAUGGUCCAGGCUAUGUGCAGCCAAAGCAACAUGAAUAUCGAAUGGAGCAGAAAGUGUCUAGAAGAGACCAAUUGGGACUAUAAUCAUGCAGCUUUUGUCUUUGAUAAAUUACACAAGGAGGGUAAAAUACCUCCUGAAGCUUUUGUAAAAUAAAAACUCCUAGUUAUUUAGCUAAACAAACACAUUCUUUUGACUUUGCAACAAGUGCUUGCAAACGACCAUGUGAACUCUAGCAUGGACUUGCUUUUGUUUGACGGAUUUACCUUCUUCUGAUUUGUCUAGAAUCCGGUUAAUUUUAAGAUUCUACUUUUGCUAUUCAAUAAAUAACAAGAAUAUACAAAACUUUGUAUGGACUUUGUAUAAAAACAGAGAUUUUUUGCAAUAAUUUUUGUAAAGCUGUCUAAUUUAAUAAUUACAUAAUACUAAUUAUCGUUGACUCAGUUUUUUUAUAAAUCAAAAAAAAAAAAAUACUAAAAUAAAUUCCCCAAUUCAUGCUGCAGUAAAAAAAAUUGAAAAAAAAAUAUUUAUUAAUUUUUUUUAUGUUUUAGUAAAAUAAAUUAUAAUAAAUAACAAGUUACACCCCACUUAAGAAUAUGAUAUCAAACGCUAGAAAUUUGAUUUUCGAAUAACAUUAUGCAACAUAUUUUGUAUCUCCUCUCAAUGAUGGGUCACACCCCCCCAUAACUGAUUAUUUAAAAAAAAAGAAUUUAAUGAAUGGUCUAUGUAAAUAUUUUUCACAAUUUUGUUUUUCUUUUUAAUUUUAUAAUCUCUCCAACACACACUCUCUCUCUCUCUCUCUCAGUAGUAAUAUAAUCUAUAACUGUGUAAGACAAUUUCAUAUAAAUCAAAAGAAAAAAAUGUUAACGAUUUAUAUAAGAAAAAAAAUAUAAAAAUUAUAAACAAAAAAUAAAUAAAACCAUAAAUUGUAUGACCUUUAAGCGUAAA